GGUGCCCGAAGUGCAGACGUGGCAGACUGAGUGGCCCGCCCCUAAAGCGUGGAGGAGGAACUUCCGGGGGUGACGCGACGGCCUCCUCGGAACCGGAAGUGGAGCCUGGGAGCCUUGACGUUAGGAACGAAGUCUAACCUGGAUCUGGAGCCGGGUGAGACCAAAUUGGGAAUGCUUUCAUAAUGAACGUCAACCAGUCAAUUCCACCUGUGCCGCCAUUUGGGCAGCCCCAGCCCGUCUACCCAGGGUAUCAUCAGUCCAGCUACAGUGGGCAGUCAGGGUCCACAGCCCCCACCAUUCCCUAUGGAGCCUACAACGGCCCAGUACCAGGCUAUCAGCAAACACCUCCCCAAGGUAUAUCAAGAGCUCCACCUUCCUCAGGGGCACCUCCAGCCUCAACAGCACAGGCUGCUUGUGGCCAGGUUGCGUAUGGCCAGUUUGGCCAAGGAGAUGUACAGAAUGGGCCAAGCUCCGCUGUUCAGAUGCAAAGGCUGCCUGGGUCUCAGCCAUUUGGGUCCCCAUUGGCCCCUGUGGGCAACCAGCCAGCUGUGCUUCAGCCCUACGGCCCUCCCCCGACAAGUGCACAGGUGACUGCGCAGCUGGCUGGAAUGCAGAUUAGCAGUGCUGUCGCCCCAGCCCCUCCCUCUUCAGAGCUGGGCUAUGGCCCACCGACAUCGCUGGCUUCAGCCUCAGGAAGUUUCCCUAACUCUGGUCUGUAUGGCUCCUAUCCUCAGGGCCAGGCUUCUCCUGUUAGCCAGGCCCAAGGUCAUCCCGGGAUCCAGACUCCCCAGCGAUCUGCCCCAUCACAGGCCUCCAGCUUCACACCCCCAGCUUCAGGGGGUCCUCGGCUGCCUUCAGUGACUGGUCCACUCCUGCCUGGACAGGGUUUUGGAGCACCCUCAGUGAGCCAGCCCAACCAUGUGUCCUCACCUCCUCCUCAAGCUCUGCCCCCUGGCACCCAGAUGACUGGGCUCCUGGGACCACCGCCACCUAUGCACUCCCCGCAGCAGCCAGGCUAUCAGCCCCAACAAAAUGGUUCCUUUGGAUCAGCCCGGGGCCCUCAGCCUAAUUAUGGAAGCCCCUACCCAGCAGCACCCACCUUUGGCAGUCAGCCUGGGCUUCCUCAGCCACUGCCUCCUAAGCGCCUGGACCCUGAUGCCAUCCCAAGCCCUCAACUCAAUGAGCUGCCUCCUCAGCAGAAAACCAGGCACAGAAUAGACCCUGAUGCCAUUCCUAGUCCAAUUCAGGUCAUUGAAGAUGACAGGAACAACCGGGGUACAGAGCCAUUUGUUACUGGAGUUCGGGGCCAGGUGCCACCCUUAGUCACUACCAACUUCCUGGUGAAAGACCAAGGGAAUGCAAGUCCCCGAUACAUCCGAUGUACAUCCUAUAAUAUCCCCUGUACAUCUGACAUGGCUAAGCAGGCUCAGGUGCCCCUGGCAGCAGUCAUCAAGCCGCUGGCAAGGCUGCCCCCAGACGAGGCUUCACCAUAUGUUGUGGACCAUGGGGAAUCUGGCCCUUUGCGCUGCAACCGCUGCAAAGCAUACAUGUGCCCCUUUAUGCAGUUCAUUGAAGGAGGGAGGCGCUUCCAGUGCUGUUUUUGCAGCUGUAUCAAUGAUGUUCCCCCUCAGUAUUUUCAGCACCUGGAUCAUACCGGCAAACGUGUGGAUGCUUAUGACCGUCCUGAGCUAUCCCUGGGCUCUUACGAAUUCUUGGCCACCGUAGAUUACUGCAAGAACAAUAAGUUCCCCAGCCCUCCUGCCUUUAUCUUCAUGAUUGAUGUCUCCUACAAUGCCAUCAGGACUGGUCUUGUUAGGCUCCUCUGUGAGGAGCUCAAGUCACUGUUAGACUUUCUACCUAGGGAGGGUGGGGCAGAAGAGUCAGCAAUCCGCGUUGGCUUUGUCACCUACAAUAAGGUGCUCCACUUCUACAAUGUGAAGAGCUCAUUGGCCCAGCCACAGAUGAUGGUUGUGUCUGAUGUGGCAGACAUGUUUGUGCCACUGUUGGAUGGCUUCCUGGUCAACGUCAAUGAGUCUCGGGCAGUUAUCACCAGCUUAUUGGAUCAAAUUCCAGAAAUGUUUGCAGACACAAGAGAAACAGAAACAGUAUUUGUCCCAGUUAUCCAGGCUGGGAUAGAGGCUCUGAAGGCUGCUGAGUGUGCAGGGAAGCUCUUUCUAUUCCAUACAUCCCUGCCUAUUGCAGAGGCCCCAGGGAAACUGAAGAACAGAGAUGACAGGAAGCUGAUCAACACAGACAAGGAGAAGACUCUAUUCCAGCCUCAGACAGGUGCCUAUCAGACCCUGGCCAAAGAGUGUGUGGCCCAAGGCUGCUGUAUAGAUCUCUUCCUCUUCCCUAACCAGUAUGUGGAUGUGGCCACACUCUCUGUUGUGCCCCAGCUCACUGGUGGCUCUGUCUACAAAUAUGCUUGCUUUCAGGUGGAGAACGACCAGGAGCGGUUCCUGAGUGACCUGCGUCGUAAUGUCCAGAAGGUUGUUGCCUUUGAUGCUGUGAUGCGGGUCCGGACAAGUACUGGUAUCCGUGCUGUAGACUUCUUUGGCGCUUUCUACAUGAGCAACACGACAGAUGUGGAGCUGGCAGGGCUAGAUGGGGACAAAACGGUGACUGUGGAGUUCAAGCAUGAUGAUCGGCUCAAUGAAGAAAGCGGAGCCCUCCUGCAGUGUGCCCUGCUUUACACCAGCUGUGCAGGGCAGCGUCGGCUCCGCAUCCAUAACCUGGCCCUGAACUGCUGCACCCAGCUGGCUGAUCUGUAUCGAAACUGUGAGACUGACACGCUCAUCAACUACAUGGCCAAGUUUGCAUAUCGGGGAGUCCUAAAUAGCCCUGUGAAGGCUGUUCGUGACACUCUCAUCACCCAGUGUGCCCAGAUUCUGGCCUGUUACAGAAAGAACUGCGCUAGCCCCUCCUCUGCAGGACAGCUGAUCCUUCCUGAGUGCAUGAAGCUACUCCCAGUUUACCUGAACUGUGUGUUGAAGAGUGAUGUCCUGCAGCCUGGAGCUGAAGUCACUACUGAUGACCGUGCCUAUGUCCGACAGCUAGUUACCUCCAUGGAUGUUGCUGAGACCAAUGUCUUCUUCUACCCUCGGCUCCUACCUUUGACAAAAUCUCCCAUUGAGAGUACCACCGAGCCACCAGCAGUUCGAGCCUCUGAAGAGCGUCUAAGCAAUGGGGAUAUAUAUUUGCUGGAGAAUGGGCUCAACCUUUUCCUCUGGGUGGGAGCAAGCGUCCAACAGGGUGUUGUCCAGAGCCUUUUCAGCGUCUCCUCCUUCAGUCAGAUCACCAGUGGCUUGAGUGUUCUGCCAGUUCUGGAUAAUCCACUCUCCAAGAAGGUUCAAGGCCUCAUUGAUAGCUUAAGAGCACAGAGAUCACGGUACAUGAAGCUUAUUGUGGUGAAACAGGAGGACAAGCUGGAGAUGCUGUUCAAGCACUUCCUGGUGGAAGACAAGAGUCUGAGUGGGGGAGCAUCCUAUGUGGACUUUCUCUGUCAUAUGCACAAGGAAAUUCGGCAGCUGCUGAGCUAAAGCAAGUGGGUAAAUGGCAUAGGGUCCCAGGCCAGCUUCCAGAAAGCACCCCAGGAUGUCAGAGAAAUUAGGACAGUACUAUAUCUUAUGUCAUGUAAGCCGACCUCAGUCUCUUUGCGGGGAGGGGGAGAUAAAAGGAGACACCUUCUUUCUGGGCUCAAGUAUCCUACCACUCUGUCAUGUCCUGCUGAUAGAAGGUGCCCCUGUUCCCUCAGUCUACCCUCCUUUUCCUGCUAAUCCUGUCAUAAUGAAUGUAGUUUCUCAGUUCACUGUAUAUGAUUCGGUAUUGGGUUUGGAGGCACCCAGACCCUGGCAAUAUUAAGUGUCCCUUUGGACCAGCCUCCAAGAAAAGAGGGGCAGGCAGGAAAGAGUGGGCAUCCUAAGGUUACUACAGGGGCGGCUAAUUCAGCUCAGUGUCAUCAACAACUUCCUAUAUUAGGGAUAAAACAUACAGGUGCACAAGAGCUGGAAUGUAGCCCAUUGGUGGUGGAGAGAAAAGUGGCCAGUCCUUUUUGGGCCUGGAGGUUAGCAGUCAAGUCAGUUACUGAGGGUGGUGGUUUCUCUGCUUCCACUGCUCGCUUGCUUGCUCUCUCUCCUGCAAUGAUUGAUGAUCGCUCCAUGGAUAGAGAGACACACUGUCAGAGAUGAAUGACCUGAGACCUGACUUACAAAAUAUAUUAAGACCUUGGAGAGGUGCCAGCCUCCUUUCCAGCUGGAGGGGCCCCAACACUGGAGGGUUCUGUAGGGAGCCUGGUCAUCAACUUGCAAUACCUCACAGAGCCAGUUCACGUCCCACUCUGAGCUCCCACGAGAAACACUGCAUCUCCAGGCCCGGGGUUGUUGGGGAGAGAGGCAGAGGCAGCUGGAGGGUCGUUCUCUCCCGCCGGGACACCGCUUGGGCUUUGGUAUUGACUGAGUGGCUGACAGUUACCUUCCAACCCCAACUGGCUGGGGGCAGGACAAGGGCUAGGCUUGAUGGUGGCCAGGCUUGCCUGCUCCCCGCCUGGGAUGCCUCUGCUCUUGACCUAUCAUUUCUCUUCACUGGUUUAUUUUUCAAUGCAUCUUUAAUUUGUAAAGAAAUAAAAUAAAUUAAGAUGUAACCAUUA